CUCGCGGUGGCCAUUUUAAAGUUUUAGGUCUGUUGUUCACAGAGUCACAGGCUUCAGGGCCCUGGACGUGAGUAGGAGGAGGCCUGGGAGGCCGCUGCCUGCGGUGCAGGGUGUGUCUGAGGCCCCUGCAGCCCCAACAGACCGAGAUCGGGGUCCCCCUGCCUCCCGGACGCCUCUCCGCUCACAGCGUUCCCGCAGCCUGACCCCCUGAACCCUCCAGCCUGGGGGCCGGCGCCGCUCAGGUCCCGCCGCCCAGGUCCCAGCGUCCAGAAUGGAUGUGAACUUUGAGGACGUGGCCAUUGCCUUCUCUCAGGAGGAAUGGGGGAUCCUUGAUGAGGCUCACAGACUUCUCUACUGUGAGGUGAUGCUGGAAGUGUUUGCACUUGUGUCAUCUGUAGGUUGUUGGCAUAAAAUGGAUGAUGAGGUGCCGUUCAGUGAAAGAAGUACAUUAGUUAAACACCAGAGAGUUCACACUGGAGAGAAGCCAUAUGAGUGUACUGAAUGUGGGAAGUCCUUCAGUGAAAGAAGUACAUUCAUUAAACAUCUGAAAGUCCACACUGGAGAGAAGCCAUAUGAGUGUAGUGAAUAUGGGAAGUCUUUCAGUGCAAGAAGUACACUCAUUAAUCACCAUAGACUUCACACUGGAGAGAAGCCAUAUGAGUGUACUGAAUGUGGGAAGUCCUUCAGUCAAAGAGGUACAUUAAUUAAACACCGGAGAGGUCACAGUGGAGAGAAACCCUAUGAGUGUACUGAAUGUAGGAAAUCUUUUAGCCAAAAAUCUAACCUUAUUAUGCAUCGCAAAGUACACACUGGAGAGAAGCCAUUUGCGUGUAGUGAAUGUGGGAAGUUCUUCAGUGAAAGAAGUGCUUUAGUUAAACACCACAGAGUUCACACUGGAGAGAAGCCAUAUGAGUGUAAUGAAUGUGGGAAGUCCUUCAGUGCAAGAAGUACAUUCACUAAUCACCAGAGAGUUCACACUGGAGAGAAGCCAUUUGAAUGUACUGAAUGUGGGAAGUCCUUCAAUCAAAGAAGUACAUUAAUUAAACACCGUAGAGUCCACACUGGAGAGAAGCCAUAUGAGUGCACUGAAUGUGGGAAGACUUUUAGCCAAAAAUCUAACCUCAUUGAACAUCUGAAAGUCCACACUGGGGAGAAGCCAUAUGAGUGUAGUCAAUGUGGGAAGUCCUUCAGUGCAAGAAGUACACUCAUUAAUCACCAGAGACUUCACACUGGAGAGAAGCCAUAUGAGUGUACUGAAUGUGGGAAGUCCUUCAUUAAAAGAGGUACAUUAAUUAAACACCACAGAGGUCACAGUGGAGAGAAGCCAUAUGAGUGUACUGAAUGUGGGAAGUCCUUUAGUGAAAGAAGUACAUUCAUUCAACAUCUGAAAGUCCACACUGGAGAGAAGCCAUAUGACUGUAGUGAAUGUGGGAAGACUUUUAGGCUAAAAUCUCACCUUAUUAAACACCAGAGAGUACACACUGGAGAGAAGCCAUAUGAGUGCACUGAAUGUGGGAAGCCUUUUAGCCAAAAAUAUAACCUCAUUAAACAUCUGAAAGUCCACACUGGAGAGAAGCCAUAUGACUGUAGUGAAUGUGGGAAGUCCUUCAGUGCAAGAAGUACACUCAUUAAUCACCAGAGAGUUCACACUGGAGAGAAGCCAUAUGAGUGUACUGAAUGUGGGAAGUCUUUUCGCCAAAAAUCUAGUCUUAUUACACAUCUGAGAGUUCACACUGGAGAAAAGCCAUAUGAGUGCACUGAAUGUGGGAAGCCUUUUAGCCAAAAAGUUAACCUCAUUGAACAUCUGAAAGUCCACACUGGGGAGAAGCCAUAUGAGUGUAGUGAAUGUGGAAAGUCCUUCAGUGCAAGAAGUACACUCAUUAAUCACCAGAGAGUUCACACUGGAGAGAAGCCAUAUGAGUGUACUGAAUGUGGGAAGUCCUUCAUUAAAAGAGGUACAUUAAUUGAACACCACAGAGGUCACAGUGGAGAGAAGCCUUAUGAGUGUACUGAAUGUGGGAAGUCCUUCAGUGUAAGAAGUACAUUCAUUCAACAUCUGAAAGUCCACACUGGAGAGAAGCCAUAUGACUGUAGUGAAUGUGGGAAGACUUUUAGGCUAAAAUCUCACCUUAUUAAACACCAGAGAGUACACACUGGAGAGAAGCCAUAUGAGUGCACUGAAUGUAGGAAGCCUUUUAGACAAAAAUCUAGCCUCAUUAAACAUCUGAAAGUCCACACUGGAGAGAAGCCAUAUGACUGUAGUGAAUGUGGGAAGUCCUUCAGUGCAAGAAGUACACUCAUUAAUCACCAGAGAGUUCACACUGGAGAGAAGCCAUAUGAGUGUACUGAAUGUGGGAAGUCUUUUUGCCAAAAAUCUAGUCUUAUUACACAUCUGAGAGUUCACACUGGAGAAAAGCCAUAUGAGUGCACUGAAUGUGGGAAGCCUUUUAGCCAAAAAGUUAACCUCAUUGAACAUCUGAAAGUCCACACUGGGGAGAAGCCAUAUGACUGUAGUGAAUGUGGGAAGUCCUUCAGUGCAAGAAGUACACUCAUUAAGCACCAGAGAGUUCACACUGGAGAGAAGCCAUAUGAGUGUACUGAAUGUGGGAAGUCUUUUCGCCAAAAAUCUAGUCUUAUUACACAUCUGAGAGUUCACACUGGUGAGAAGCCAUAUGAGUGUACUGAAUGUGGGAAGCCUUUUAGCCAAAAAUCUAACCUUAUUAAUCAUCUGAAAGUCCACACUGGAGAGAAGCCAUAUGUGUGUAGUGAAUGAGGGAAGUCCUUCAGUGCAAGAAGUAUACUCAUUUAUCACCGGAGAGUUCACACUGCAGAGAAGCCAUAUGAGUGUACUGAAUGCGGGAAGUCCUUCAGUGCAAGAGGUACACAUUCAUUACUAGAGAGUUCACAGUGGAGAGAAGCCAUAUGAGAGUAGUGAAUGUGGGAUGUCCUUCAGUGAAAGAAGUACAUUAAUUGAACACCAGAGAGGUCACACUGGAGAGAAGCCAUAUGAGUGUACUGAAUGUGGGAAAUCUUUUCGCGAAAAAUCUAGUCUUAUACAUCUGAGAGUUCACAUUGGAGAGAAGUGUUAAAUGUGCAGGAAAUGUUUUGUUUUAUUCACUUAGAGUAACAACACUGAAUGUGACUGUUUGGGAUCUAUUUUUCUGAAUUUAAACCCUUUUAAUGGGACAUACAUUGUACUAUAUUCCUCAUGUGUUUCCAGUACAAGUCAGUCUUGAAGGACAUGCCCAGAUCUACUACCUGAUACAUUUGUAGUUGAAGAGAUUUUUUAUUGAAUUAUGCUGUUAUGGACUGUUUUACUUUCUAACUCACCAGCCUGCAAAUUGCUUACUGUACUCUGUUAUGGUUUAUGAUUUUUUUAGUAAAGACAUUUU